AUGGGCUCAAGUCCCAGGUUGCCAUCGGUCGGCUCAGCACAACCCGCCACCAUGCCCAAGCUCGAGCUCAGCUUCCCCAACGGCGUCAAGACGACCGUCCAGUCUGACCUCUUCAUCAACAACAAGUUUGUCCCCGCCCUCGAUGGCAAGACGUUCGCCACCGUCAACCCCUCGACGGGCAAGGAGAUCGGCCAGGUCGCCGAGGCCUCGGCCAAGGACAUCGACGUCGCCGUAAAGGCCGCCCGCGACGCCUUUGAAAACGUCUGGGGCGAAAAGGUGCCCGGCGCCGAGCGAGGACGCCUGCUGCUCAAGCUCGCCGACCUGGUCGAGGCCAACCUCGACGUCCUCGCCUCGAUCGAGUCGCUCGACAACGGCAAGGCCUUCUCGAUUGCCAAGGGCUUCGACGUCGCCGCCGUCGCCGCCAACAUCCGCUACUACGGCGGCUGGGCCGACAAGAACCAGGGCAAGACGAUCGAGACCAACGACAAGAAGUUCACCUACACCCGCCACGAGCCCAUCGGCGUCUGCGGCCAGAUCAUCCCCUGGAACUUCCCCCUGCUCAUGUUUGCCUGGAAGAUUGGCCCGGCGCUCGCCACGGGCAACACCGUCGUCCUCAAGACGGCCGAGCAGACGCCGCUCUCGGCCAUCAAGAUGUGCGAGCUGAUCGUCGAGGCCGGCUUCCCCCCGGGCGUCGUCAACGUCGUCUCGGGCUUCGGCGCCGUCGCGGGCGCCGCCAUCUCGAACCACAUGGACAUUGACAAGGUCGCCUUCACCGGCUCCACGCUCGUCGGCCGCAACAUUAUGAAGGCGGCCGCCUCGACCAACCUCAAGAAGGUCACGCUCGAGCUCGGCGGCAAGUCGCCCAACGUCAUCUUCAAGGACGCCGACCUGGACCAGGCCGUCAAGUGGGCCGCGUUCGGCAUCAUGUUCAACCACGGCCAGACGUGCUGCGCCGGCUCGCGCGUCUACGUCGAGGAGGACGUCUACGACCAGUUUAUGGACAAGAUGACGGCGCUCUGCAAGAGCCUGUCGGUCGGCGACCCCUUUGCCCAGAACACGUUCCAGGGCCCGCAGGUCUCGCAGCUCCAGUACGACCGCAUCAUGGAGUACAUUGAGUCGGGCAAGAAGGAGGCCAACCUGCACCUGGGCGGCGUGCGCAAGGGCAGCGAGGGCUACUUUAUCGAGCCCACCAUCUUCACCGACGCCGACCACAACUCGAAGAUUGCGCGCGAGGAGAUCUUUGGGCCCGUUGUCGUCGUGAGCAAGUUCAAGGACGAGAAGGAGCUGCUGCGGAUCGCCAACGACACCAUGUACGGCCUGGCGGCCGCCGUCUUUUCGCGCGACAUUUCGCGCGCCAUUGAGACGGCGCACAAGCUCAAGGCGGGCACGGUGUGGGUUAACUGCUACAACCAGCUCGACCCGCAGGUGCCCUUCGGCGGCUACAAGGCGUCGGGCAUCGGCCGCGAGCUGGGCGAGUACGCGCUGGCCAACUACACCAACGUCAAGGCGGUCCACUGCAACCUGUCGACGCCGGCGCCGCUCUAA